ACUGUUUCUGCAUUUCAACGUAGAGAUAUCUUUCUAUCAACAAUGAGCGGAAGAGGUAAAACCGGCGGCAAAGCGAGAGCGAAGGCCAAGACUCGCUCCUCCAGAGCAGGGCUGCAGUUCCCCGUCGGUCGUGUUCACAGACUUCUCCGCAAAGGGAACUACGCCGAGCGCGUCGGUGCCGGAGCUCCCGUCUAUCUGGCGGCUGUGCUCGAGUAUCUGACCGCUGAGAUCCUGGAGUUGGCUGGAAACGCCGCGAGAGACAACAAGAAGACCCGCAUCAUUCCCCGUCACCUGCAGCUGGCGGUGCGCAAUGAUGAGGAGCUCAACAAACUCCUGGGUCGAGUGACCAUCGCUCAGGGCGGCGUGCUGCCCAACAUCCAGGCCGUGCUGCUGCCCAAGAAGACCGAGAAACCCGCCAAAGCCAAAGAUAUUUUACUCUUAACAAUGAGUGGAAGAGGCAAAACUGGCGGCAAAGCGAGAGCGAAGGCAAAGACUCGCUCCUCCAGAGCAGGGCUGCAGUUCCCCGUCGGUCGUGUUCACAGACUUCUCCGCAAAGGGAACUACGCCGAGCGCGUCGGUGCCGGAGCUCCCGUCUAUCUGGCGGCUGUGCUCGAGUAUCUGACCGCUGAGAUCCUGGAGUUGGCUGGAAACGCCGCGAGAGACAACAAGAAGACCCGCAUCAUUCCCCGUCACCUGCAGCUGGCGGUGCGCAAUGAUGAGGAGCUCAACAAACUCCUGGGUCGAGUGACCAUCGCUCAGGGCGGCGUGCUGCCCAACAUCCAGGCCGUGCUGCUGCCCAAGAAGACCGAGAAACCCGCCAAAGCCAAGUAAACCGAGUCCGCCCGGUUUCUGA